ACGAAAUGUAACGCAAAGUCAUUGUACAUGAAAAAUCUCUGCCUGUUUUAUAUGCAGCUACAAGCCAAAUACCUGGUGCCAUCGUCAACCAUUCAGAUGAUUGUGGAGGAAUUCAGUGGUUUAAAUUAUAUCUGUCAUCAGUACACACAGAAGAUGUUCAGGGAAAUACUCAAGUCAAAAACGACCCUCUCACAAUGUGAUAUUGAAUCUGUGGUGCAGACUUUGCAAGGCCAAGAUUUACAUUCAGCUUGUAAUUCAUUACUUUCCACAGAAUACCAAAGAAGACAGUAUUAUCAGAAAAAUUUUUCGUACGUGCAUCCACAAAGUAUGUAUCUUGGUCGUGAUGAGAACCGAAACCAACGUUAUGCACAGUAUAUUCCAUUGAAGAACACUUUAAAAACCAUGUUAAUAGACCCAGUGGUGUGGGAGCAGUGUGCCAAACAUCAGCAUGUACACUCUUCUGUGUUCUCUGACAUCUGUGAUGGCUCUGUAUUCAAAUCCAAUGACUUGUUUAAGCAGCCUGAGAUUACAAUCCAACUUAUCUUGUACCAGGAUGCCUUUGAGAUUGUGAAUCCCCUUGGGUCAGCUAAAAAAAAACACAAAAUGAUUGGAGUGUAUUUUACACUUGGCAACUUUGAGCCAUUUUACAGAUCAUGCAUUGAUAACAUUCAGUUAUCACUUUUGUGUUAUGAGAGAGACUUUUAACUAUUUUGGUCAAACCAAGAUUUUUGCUAAGUUGUUGGCAGAUGUCAAAGAACUUGAAGAGCAUGGAUUUGUGACAUCUUCAGGUGACAUAGUACGUGCAACAAUAGUGGCUAUUAUUGGUGAUAAUUUGGGGUCCCACUGCAUCGGUGGUUACUCACAGAACUUCAGUACUGCCAAGCAUUGCUGUAGGUAUUGCUUGGUAGCUCGCAGUGAACUUCAGAAUGUGUGUGUAGACUUUCCCAAUCGCACAGUUGAGUCCUAUAAGGCGGCAGUGGAAACUCUAAGGACGACCGAAGAAAAUGUUGUAAAUGGGUUGAAGUUUGACUCCAUUUUCAACUCUCUCAAAAAUUUUCAUGUUGCUCAGCCUGGCCUUCCCCCAUGCCUUGGCCACGACUUGUUUGAAGGUGUUGUAGCUAUUGAUCUUGCCAUUUUCUUGGAAUACUUUGUAAAAAGGAAGUGGUUUUCAUAUACACAGCUGAACAGGAGACUUGCACAAUUCAAAUAUCUGGAUUCUGAUGCUGGUUCUGCCCCCUCCCAGAUAUGUGAAAAAGGCAGAAAGUUAGGUGGUCAAGCAGCUGAGAACUGGUGUCUCCUCAGAUUUCUUCCUGUCAUAAUUGGAGACAGAGUAGAGUCACAAGACCCUGUAUGGCAACUGACUGUUAAGUUGAAAGAACUGGUUGAGCUAGUGUGUGCUCCCAAGAUUACCACUGCACAGAUUGCAUAUCUCAAUGUCUUAAUACCAGAAUAUCUGGAAACAAGAAAGGAGCUGUUUCCUGGUGAAAAUUUGAAACCAAAACAUCAUUACAUGCUUCACUAUACGUCACUCAUUUUAAGUCUUGGACCUUUAAUUCGUUUAUGGUCAUUGAGAUUUGAAAGCAAACAUUCAUACUUCAAAAGAAGUGUGAGAAGAACACAGAACUUCAAAAAUGUAUGCAAGACAUUGUCACACAACCAUCAACUUCUUCAAGCAUAUCUUCACUCACGGUCAUUUUUUUCACCAAAGCUUAAAAGUGUUGACUUGGCCACAUACUCUCCUCAUUUGUACAGUGAUGCUGUGUGCAAAGCUGUUGAGACAAGCUUUCUUAACGAACCAGACUUUGUUUCAACACGGGUAGAAUACAAGGGUACCCUGUACAGGAAAGGAAACUUAAUUUGCCUUAAAUGUGAAGAGGAGAAUUCUAUUUUACAGUUUGGACAGAUUGAGCUGAUUUUCGUGAAAGACGAUGAGGUGACUUUCCUUGUGACUCCCCGCCCCUCAGUGUAUUUGCAUGAUUAUGGACUUUAUGAGAUUUUGCCUGCGACAAAGGAAUUAAUUUGUGUAAAUGCUGAGGAAUGUCUAGAUUAUUAUCCCUUAAAUGAGUACAGUUUUAUGGGACUGAAGGUCAUUACUCUGAAGCACAGCGUUGUUCAUCUGUAAAAGGAUAAACUGUCCUCUCCCAACAGAAAUGGAUGCAUUGUUGACUUUUAUUGAGAAUGUGUUCCCAAACCCUAUAACUUCAAAGCUAGCCAUAGAGGGUUUGAACAGCCUAGGUGUGGAGACCAUAGAUGACCUACAGUUUUUGAAAGAGGAUGAUCUAGGUGGCUUUCUGAGACCGAUUGAAGCAAGAAAACUAAUAGCCCAAAUCCCAAGUAAGUUUUCAAAUCAAUGGUUGUUUUUACAUAUAAACUAGUCAACAUUUGAAGCGGAUCAAAAAGUUCAUUAAGUUCACAAGAACAGGUAUUGGUUUUAAGACAACUAUUAUGAAAGGUUUGAUCCACUUUAAAUGUUGACUUUGUGUACAUGCAUACAAUUAGAUGAACUGGAAAAACAACACCCCAGUCUCUUUCAUUCUGUACUUUGUUAGCUGUACUCUUUACUUGUAUUACAGUGUAUCAAUGUGUUUCUUGUUUCUGCAGUAUGGUUUUUAAUGCAGUUUUUUGUUUAUGCCAUGUAGAUAUUGCUUCCACUCUGCAAAACACUGCCAAUGAUUUGUCUGCUGAAUACACUUCUGAUGCAUCAGGUUCACCUGCUCCUGGAUGCUCAAUUUCACCAUCCAGCUCUUCAAGUGGAAGACGUGACAGUAGCUGUGAAACUUCGUUUUAUGACCAUGACUGGCAUUAUAGUUUUGAUGUUCCAUGGCAAAAAAUGCCAGCAAGUUUUAUGGAAAAGUUGCAAAAUGGCGAAAGGCCAAGUUGCUCUGAGAGAAGACAGUUGGUCCGCAUUGUUGCUUCUGAGAUCCUGGAAGUCAGCAAAUGUCCAGCAAAAAAACAUGUAUCAGAAAUAGCCCGACAAAUGGUGAUUGCAUACCCAAAGUCUUUCAGAGAUGAGAUUAAUUCCCAGGUUGUAGGAAGUGGAUAUGAUUCUCUCCUCAAACAACUGGUGUGUAGAAUUGACAAUUUUAAAAGAGCAAAAGCUAUUAGUUCACCACUUUGUGGUACUCUAGAAGUAUCAACAAAGAAACGAAAAUUGUUAUAUGGUUGUAUACAUUCUGAUCCACAACUGCUAGUUGGAGAAACAUCCGAAUUGCAGCAGGAAAAGAAAGAGAAGUUGCUAGUAAUGUUUCAAAAUAAUGAAAGUGAUGUAAAGACAAUCUAUGACUUAAUGACUUCUACUUACACCUCUCAAAGAAACAACAUCCAAUCUGGAAAGGAAACCAAAGAUUUACUUGAUGAGUGGCCAUAUCUCUUUCAGCCAGCAGGAAUGAAAGCACACUUUAAAGAGCUCACUGGCAUUGACAUAAACAACAGCUUUGAAGAAUCUGCUUCCAGUAAGUUCAGAAGAAUAUUGGAGUACUUUCAAUUUCAGUGCACAGAAAGAGCAAGCAGAGCAGGGAGAAUACUCACAAAGUAUAGAGCUGGAGGGGAUCAUGUUUGUGGGGCAGUGAUGUUGCUGCUAACCCAUUUCAAAAAUGACCAAGACCACUUUCUUGUGAUGGUAGAAGACACCUCUGUUCCAAGUGAUGUAUGCUCAGAACAGCUUCCAGCAACACCAUGUAUAGUAGUGUGUGGUGGGUAUUACUAUGAUCUUGCAACACAAUAAUUCCUGGUUUCGGGUGACCAGAACUCACAUUCUGUUUAAUAUUAUGUCUUACUGAUUUUGUGUUUGUUCAAAGGAGAGAACCCACUGACAGCCGGUGUGUACAUGGUAGCAGUAGACCAGAUGAUUGUAAAUUACCAUCUCUUGAGUUUUACAGAAGCCCUGUAUCUGAUGUUCUCUCUUUACUAUAUAUUGAACAUCAGUUACCCUGUAGAACUGGGAGCCACACUAGAAUUCUUGCAAAGGUGCAUCUUUAGGAUAAAUCCUCAUAAAGGUACCAAGGUGGAAAAGAGAGAAAAAGAGAGCGUACUCUGUCAACCCCAGAGUAUUAAGUCUGACGUCAAAAAUUGCUGCAUUUGACUGGGGAGAGUAACAGAUGUGGUCUUUCAGAAGACUGACAUUUCGCUGAAGAACAGGACAAGACCGACUUUUUGUACUUCAGUGCAGCGCUUUGUUCCUUAAAUCAUUUUUAUUACCUUGUGAUGUGAU